GCAGCUGUGUGGGAGGACUUGGAGAACUGGGACACGAGUCUAGCUGGCUCGCCUGGGCCUUGGGCAUGGGGAAAGGGAAGCCCUGGGGGCCGGGCCACAGGGCCCAACCGAAGCGCCCCAGUUCUUUUCAAGGGCCCGAAUUCAGCCAUCCGAUGGCACUCCUUACUGCCUCCCCGACUCCUGCCUUUACUUACUUUUUAGGCCUUAGACUCAAUGCUGUGUGUCUGCUCCGAGGGAGAAGAGGGGCGAGGGCUGGGCCGGAGGGGUAAGGGACCUGUCCAGGGUCACCACGCCAGGAAAGGCCUAGCCUGUGCACACACCCAUGCACACAAAUAAACAGCCAAUGUGUGUCCCCGCGCGGCUCCCGGAGGGUCACAGGGAGAGGGAGCCGCUGGCCAGUCCCCCCUCUGAGGCGAGAAGGACACUUCCGGGGACUCCGUCAUUCUAGAUACGUCCUUCUCCCAGCAGGGGAAGGAGUCUAUCUGAAGAUCUCUAGUCCCCUGGAACUCAUCCCCUCCCCAUACAGCCCCUCAGCACGCCAUUGGAUAGCAGCCAGGAGCACGCCGGAAAGGUGAACCCUCUAGGUUCCAAAUCCUACUGUCCACUGGGGCUCUGCAAGAUGGAAAGAGCCAACCACCUGGCCUCUUCUUAAGCGCCUCCUACGUGCCAGGCAUGUAGAAUAGAGAAUACAGAGACUACUGGGAAUGCUAAAAGAGACAAAAGGACAGCUCCUGACCUCAAGAAGCGCAUGUUCUAACGGGAGGUUUCCAAAGGGGCUGCUAGCUACGCCAACGUCCACCUUGCACAGGGAUGCUCCGCCACCCAACUGGGAGCAAUUCCAUUGGCUGCCCCCAUGCCCAUGUCAUCUCUACCUCCCGGCUUCCUUCAAGUCCCAGGAUCGGGAACUGGCCCCUGAGGAGCUAGAUGAGCUGCUGGAGGCCUUCAAUGAGUUCGAUACUGACCGAGACGGCUACCUUGGCUACCGGGAGCUGGGGGCCUGCAUGCGGACGCUGGGGUACAUGCCCACAGAGAUGGAGCUCAUUGAGAUCUCCCAGCACGUCAAGAUGAGAAUGGGCGGCUGUGUGGACUUUGAAGAAUUUGUGGAGAUGAUGGGGCCAAAGCUCCGAGAGGAGACAGCGCACAUGCUGGGCAUCCGGGAGCUUCGCAUCGCUUUCCGAGAGUUUGAUGCGGACAGGGAUGGCAGGAUCACGGUGGCCGAACUUCGAGCUGCUGCUCCUUCCCUGCUCGGGGAGCCCCUGGUGGGACCUGAGCUGGACGAGAUCCUUCGAGAGGUGGAUCUCAACGGAGAUGGACACGUGGACUUUGAUGAGUUUGUGAUGAUGCUCUCGGGCCCCUAGGCUGGAGGUCACCCUGUGCCCCAGCAGGCAGCGAAGGCCCUGCUAGUGACCUCAUCUGACUGGACGCCCAGCCCAUCCCUAUCCUCUCAGCCCCAGAGACGAGACCAGAGAGGUUCUCUAGUCCAGGCCUCUCCCCCGAUCUACAGAUGAGGAGGCCCAGAGACACGGUGGACAGCUCUGCUCAUCCACUAUCCACCUGCAGCCCCCUCGGACAUCCAGAAACAGAGAGCCCGAGUUCAAAUCCAGUUUCAAUGGACACUUACUGCCUCGGUGGCCUGAGGCAAAUCUCUGUCUCCCAGGCCUCAGUUUCCCCACAUGUAAACCGAGGGGAUUCAGAGCUAUGUUUCCAUGAUGCCCACCUCAUGUCACAAAUAGUAAUGGAAGUUCUGGGGCUCGAAUCCAGGUUCUUUUCUUGUCUCCUCCAAGAAGCCCUCCUUGAACACCCUGGCCCACUGGCUCCGUUUUUUGUCCUGGGAUCCCAUCCCACAGUAGGCCAUGCUUGGUCCCAGAACCUCUAACUGGGUCUCACCUGUGGGCUUUGACUCUGCUGGGAGCCAGAGUGUGCUUCAGCCUUUCUCCUGCCCAUUGAGGGAUGGAGAAAGGGCAGCACUGGGCCUCCUACGCUCAUGAGGCCAGGAGGGCUGGUAGCAGAGGUUGCCCAACCUGAGCCAUUGGGAAUUGGGCACCAUGAAUGCCCCUCCUGACCCAGCUCCUUGAUCUCGUGCCAGGCUUCCAGCUGGGAUCAGAGGACCCUGCCCAUCUGCUUGUCCUGCCUUUUGUCCUCCGCCUUUCCCAAGAAGAGCCAGGGAAAGAGGGCUCUGGAUCAGCAGGAGCCUGAGAGAAGGGACGGGUGCCAGCUUCUUGGCAUGGCCCACAUUCUGGGAUGGUUCUGCUGGCCCCUGGGGGAGCCAGCACCAGGCUAUGAACCAGGACACCAGCCUCCAAUCCCAUCUCCACGUCAUUCUG